GGUGCUUCUUGCGUUGCAUCUUGCGUUUUCCUCCGGAACUUGGAGAAUCAGUUGAUCGGUAACUGAGUUUUACGCCUGAAGUUGCUCCAAAACCGUCAUGUAAUGAAAUAUCCCGUUUCUCAUCUCUGAAACACUGUUGUGUUGGAAGCAGUAACUUCAAAGGUGAAGACUUUUGAUCUGCUUUGGUGUGCUUGCUCUCUUUUAACGGAUUGAGAUCUACGACGUUGUGUAAUUGAAGUUUCUAACUAUUAGCUCGCUCGCUCAGAUUCCUCCCCAGAUUGUAACUUUAUGUUGGGAGUUGCAGCUUUUAGUUGUAAACUCAUGUUUGAACUUUGUAGCUAGAGAGACGAGACAAGAAGCAGAAGUCAUGGUGUUGGUGUCUAAUUCUAGCCAUCAAAACAAGGAAAUUCAUAUCAGAAGGAGAAUCUCUGAGAUAUACAAUAAAAGGGAAGAGGAUUUUCCAUCACUUAAGGACUACAAUGACUACUUGGAAGAAGUGGAGUUAUUCGAUCUGGUAGAUGGAAUCAAUGUUGAGGCCAUUGAAGAGAAGAUAAAGAAGUACUCUCAAGAGAAUGCUGAACAGAUUAUGAUCAACCGAGCCCGCAAGGCUGAAGAUUUGACUGCAGCCUUGGCGGCUUGCAAGGCCCAACAACCACAAACUGAUGUUGACACGUCUACAAACAAUGGGAGUACGUCUGGAACUGCAUACAGUCAGGCUGCAAGACCAACGGGAAUGGGUCCACAACCUGUACCUAUAGGAGGAGGAGGAGGAGAUCAUCAGCGUUACUCAAUGGAAGACGAAGCUAUGAUGAGGCUCAAAGCUGAGAGAGCUACACGGGCUGGAGGAUUUUCUUUAGAGAUAAGCAAGAAGAGGGCUUUGGAAGAAGCAUUUGCAAGCAUUUGGGUUUGAUUCCUCGAGAUAGAGAGACUUUACUUUUAUCUUCAUUACAGUGACAAGGAGGUCGUAACUGGCUGUUUAGCUAUUAUGAUUAUGGAAGUAACUAGACUCUCCAUUAUUGUCACAGUUUCUCGUGUGGUGUUUGUUUUCUUUUUGUAUAGUUUGUCAAACUCGGCUACAGCCAAUCAACAUAUAACUGAAGUUUUGAACCAUGGCUCAAUAAUGAAGCCGGUUUGAUCUCCGGUUUACUAAAA